AUGUCUACUGUUAAGGACAGUUUGGAUGUAUUGAAUCGAAAUUAUGAUAUAUGUAUAAUAGGAGAAGGGAACGUCGGAAUAUCUUCAUUUUUGUAUUCAUAUAUUUACAAAGCAUACAUUGAAGAUACUGCUUUAGAAAUUGAGGAAUUGUUCACGAAAACAGUUUGGAGAGGAUCCCGGUCUUAUGAUAUCUCGAUAUUGGGAGGAUCAGCAACUCAGGAGUACUACCUGAGCAGCAGAAAACAGCAAAUCCGAAAUACGACGGCGUUUAUAUUUGCUUAUAGCGUAGCAGAUAGACAGUCGUUUGCAGAGCUUGAGGAUUUAUUCGAAAGGACGAUGUUCGUACGAGGCGAUGUACCACCUUUCAGUAUUGUUGGUUUGAGGUCAGAUAUGGAUGCCGAGAGACAGGUAACAUAUGAGGAAGGAUACAGUUUGUGCAAGCAAUUAGGAGGGAUUCAUUUUCAAGAGUGCAGUGCCAAGGAUGAUGUUGGUAUUGCAGAGGCAUUCGAUCCAAUAAUAGAUGCUGUCUUGUCGAUUAAAUAUGAUAAAUCCAACAAGAGAAAGGGCUCAAUGACAAACAAGCGAGCUACAUCAAAGACUGCAUCAAAAGCAAAGGCCGGAGCAAUUUCGAAGGCUGCUGUGAAAUUGGGCAAAACAGCGGAUAAUGAAUCUCGGAAUGAGAAGAAAACUGAGGAAAAUGAAUCACGACAAUUAAACCAACCAUUAUCAACUAGCACAUCCCUGGUAAGUAGAAGUAAGAAUUAUAGUCUGCUUGAAUCCAAGAGUCAAAAGCAAGGUUGUUGCACUAUUAUGUGA